AUGGUUCCAGACAGAGGUCCGGCCACUUCGGCCGUCACUAUUGUCAUAACGGUUUUGGCCACGGUUUUUGUCGCGGCUCGCUUUUACACCCGGGCGUGGCUGAUCAGAUCUAUCAAACAAGACGACUGGUGGAUUCUGGCAGCAUGGAUCUUGGCUGUGGGAUUUUCGACGUCGAUAUGCGUAGCCGUCAGAUUUGGCCUUGGGAAACACAAGCAAGACAUUCCCGACGACGCAUUCAGUGCGCUACGGAAGGCUGAAUAUGCCUUUGCCAUCCUCUACAACCCUUCGCUCAUGCUGACCAAAACCUCCAUCAUCGUCUUCUUCCUGUCAGUUAUGAGCAAGGACGUCGAUCCCGUCUUCAAGUGGUGCAACUGGUUGACUCUUGCCGUGGUCAACAUUGCCGGAACUGCUCUCACCUUUUUCAAUAUAUUCCAGUGUUCGCCAGUCGCAGCGGGCUACCUCUAUCCCACACCCGAAAAUGCCCGUUGCACCGACAUCGUCACACUGUAUCUCUCUUCGGCCCCUCUCAACAUCAUCACUGAUAUCGCUCUUCUGUUCCUUCCAAUGCCAAUCUUGACCGGAAUGCGAUUGCCUCGGAAACAAAAGAUCAUCUUGAUUGCAACUUUCUCCUUUGGUGCCUUUGUCGCAGUUGUCGACGUCGUUCGCAUUGCAUACCUGCAGCAGGCUUCGCUCAAUCGUCUAAAGGUUGUGGAUGGCACAGGUGGGAGCCCAAGUCGCAUCGUCGAAGAAAAUGACUUUUCCUGGUAUGCAAGUCUGAGCUUCAUGUGGUCGGCCGUUGAAGUCUGCAUCGGCAUCAUCUGCGCAUGCGUGCCCAGUUUGAAGCCUUUGUUUGCUCGCUUCCUGCCGAGCUUUAUCAGAGAUGCCGGGGACGAGCUGACGUCCGGCAACAGCAUUGACCUGGGCAAAGCGAAUGAAAGCGGUCCACGACCUGAUUUGCCCAGAGGCAAUGUGUCAAUGCUCAACAACCCGGCUGCUUUCAGAAGACCUAUUGUCAAGGAAUACUAUGGAGAUGAGGAGGGUGACAAGAUGGGAUUCCUGAAUUUCCUGGCUGAGCCCAGCAAGGAAGAACAUACCGGACCUUCGUUGUCAAACGCCGGGAAACUCUCGCGAAGAGCAACAGACAAAAGCGCCGUCUCAGAUUUCGGAUUCGUGAACAUGUCAGGAAAACGAAAUAUGUUGAGACUUUCCAAUCGACAAAGUGCUUGGCCGAUUGCAGUGGUCACAAUUAUCUUUUUCCUCUGGGGAUUCGCCUAUGGGCUCCUGGACACUCUCAAUUCGCAGUUUCAGGCUGCGGCUAAAGUCUCGCCAGGCAAGGCUUUGGGUCUCCACGCGGCAUACUACGGGGGCUAUUUCGCGGGGCCCUUGACGCUAGGUCACUUCAUCUUCCAACGAUAUGGCUUCAAAGCGGUUAUGAUUGUAGGCUUGGCUGUCUAUGGGUGCGGGACCCUGGUUUUCUGGCCGUCGGCAGUCUUACUUUCAUACUCAGCAUUUGUGGUCUCCAACUGCAUUGUCGGGUUUGGCCUUUCGUGCUUGGAAAUUGCGGCCAAUCCUUAUAUCGCUCUUUGCGGACCGCUUGAGUAUGCUGAGGUCAGAUUGAACUUGUCGCAAGCCUUCCAAGCCAUCGGCACAGUCUGUUCACCGCUUCUGGCGACAAAGGUUUUGUUCAAAAGUGUGCACAAUGCCCCUUCUCUGGUGGAUGUGCAAUGGACAUAUCUAGGCAUCGCUUUGUUUGUCUUCGCAUUGGCUGUUGUCUUUUACUAUGUUCCGCUUCCCGAAGCUUCCGACGAACAGUUGGAGGAGCUCGCUGAUCAGCGUCAUGGAGCGUACGCUGCCAAAAUUGGCCCGUGGAAGGUGGUAUAUGUGACGCUUGGGCUCGCCGUCUUCAGCCAAUGGUGCUAUGUUGGUGCGCAAGAAUGUGUCGGGAACAAUAUACAGGGGCUGAUUGUGGCCGUGAAGCCGGCUUCAAAUCUCCAUCCAUUCGACUUCCAGACUGUGGGCCACACCGUCUUUGCAGUUGGACGAUUUGUGGCCGCUUUUCUCAACUACGUACUGAAGCCCCGGUGGAUUUUGAUGGGCCUCUAUGUGGGCCUCAUUGUCUGUUUGGCUCUUAAUAUGCAUCUGGGUGGAGAUGCUGCGGCCACCAUUGGGAUGCUCACCUUUUUCUUCGAGGCCGGCAUUUUCUCCAUCAUCUUCGCCAUCGCAAUGCGUGGACUUGGCAGGCAUACAAAGGCCGGGUCUGCACUUAUCACGGCUGCAAUAUCUGGUGGAGCAGUCUUCCCACCUGUUCAGUGGGCGGUUGCCAAAGGAUCCGACCUAAGAUACUCUUACUGUGUCCCGUUGGCUGUUGCUGUGUUUGGAACGUUGUUCCCACUCUACCUGAAUUUGGUGCCGCAGGCCCGAAUACAAGUCGAUCCCGUCCACGGCAAUCGGUCCAAACGACGUGCAGAAAGUACCCCAAACCAGCAAAUCCCAAGAAGUGAAGAAGACGAAAAGCUACAGCAUUUUGGUCUACCGGGCAUCAUUGCACGACGAAAACGGAAACCGCGGUCGGAGUCGCCUUCUGUGGAACACAUUGAACGGCAAAGCGGGAACCUGGUAGAGACGCCAACCUCUGCAGUGCUUACGAUGGACUUUGCGGAUGAGAAGAAUAGCUUCCCCAAACCUGUGCCGGUCCAACAACAGCAACAAUCCAAAGGUCAUGUUGCAGAACUGGCUCCGUGGCCCCCGGAUGAAGACGCGUCGGAAGCCAGUGCCAGCAGCGGUUCUAGUGGUCAGCUCGAUUCCAGGGAUCGUAGAUACACGGGCUCUUCGGUCACAGGCCACGCGAACGAUCAUGAAACAGAUACGAUCAGUGGUCGACACGGGCCGGCCUGGGAGGAGCAAGGCCUGGACGAUGGUCUCGAUGACUAUCACGCGAUGAUGAGGAAGAUAUAA